AUGGCCGGCCGCCCACAGCUGCUGUUGCUCGUGGUUGUCGCGCUCGCCGAGAUCUCUGCCCGCCAGCUCUACGAGGGCGACCGCUGCUCCGGGGAUGGCGUGUGCACGCGGCUGCGCCACUGCCCCGAGCUGCUGCAGCUGCUCCGCCAGGGCGGGGACCCGCCGCGCUGCGGGUUCGCAGGCUUCGAGGCCGUCGUCUGCUGCCCCAGGCAGCAGCCGCGGGAACCCGAGCCCGACAGCCGGCUGGCGAGGCCCAGCACCGCCGCGUGCCGAAACUAUCGAGCAAAUUUCAAUGAAGUUCCGAAGCUCUUCAUUUUAAAUGGUGAAGAAGUUGUCGAGAAGGAAUUUCCUCAUAUGGCGGCGCUGGGCUACCUGCGGCGGGGGUCGGAGCGUCCGUCGUGGCUGUGCGGCGGCUCCCUCAUCAGCCAGCAGUUCGUGCUGACGGCCGCCCACUGCUGCACCAACAGGGUCUGGAAGUCUCCGUCGGUGGUGCAGCUGGGCAGCACGUGGCUGGGCGAGGCGCCGCCGGCGGAGGGCCGGGUCGGCGUGGAGCGCGCGCUGGUGCACCCGGGCUUCCGGCGGCCAGCCUUCUACCACGACGUGGCGCUGCUGCGGCUGGAGCGGAGGGUGGCCUACGGCGAGAGCGUGCUGCCCGCCUGCCUGCACGGCGAGCCGCGGCCGCCCCCGGGCCCGCUCACCGUCGCCGGCUGGGGCGCCACCGACCGAGCGGGUUUUAAGUCAAGCGCUAAACUGCUUAAGACUGAGAUCAGUGUACUUCCACUCGAGAGGUGUGAGAAGUACUACCAGAGGAAGUUCCCGGAGGGGCUCAACAACUCCAUCAUCUGCGCGGGGGACCCCGCCGGCAAAUCGGACACUUGCUCGGGCGACUCUGGAGGUCCACUGCAGGUGGAUUUCGACGGCUUGUACACCGUGGUGGGGAUCACCAGCCUGGGGCCCAGCCCGUGUGGCGGCAGCGUGCCAGGGGUGUACACCAGCGUGGCGCACUACCUGGACUGGAUAGAGGAGCACGUCUGGGGCCCAGAAGGGAACUCGUAGUGCCAGCCGAACGGCACGCCCUACACGUUCAUCGACGGGACGCGCUGUCUGAACUGGACAGAGGGCCGUGUCUGGGGCCUGGGAAGGUGCUACUAGCGUCAGCCUGACAGCGCAGCCAACACAUUCCCCAGCAUCGCGCACUACCUGGACUGGAAAGGGGGGCACGUCUGGGGCCCAGGUGGGCACUCGCAGCACCAGCCAGCUGGCGCACCCUGCACAUUCAGUAGUGGGAAGCGCUGUCCGGACAAGUUCUGGGAACACGCCUGUAGGCCGGGCAAACACUUGUACAAGAGCAGUGUGGCCUUAUGUGCUGCCACUUGACAAGAUGCAUCCAGGACCCUACACCUGGAUUAAACCAAGCAACUAGUCAGAAGAGACCAAACACCUGACACACAGCAGUGCAUUGACAUAACUUGAGAAAUUAGUGGAAAC